AUAGAUAGAGACAGAGUUGGAAGAAAACAUAGUAGACACAAAAUUGAAUGGCGCUGGUGCGUGUCUACCCAACAACCACCACCACCCUUCGUCUUGCUUCAACACUUUCCUUUAGAACCAAAUUCGUGGUUCGGUGCUCUAACCUUCAACUCAAUCUGCAACCCAAUGACUCACGCAAGUUAGUUCUGGAAGUGAAGGAGAAGCUUGAAAAAGAACACCAUACUCUUCCUGUUGGUAGAAAUGGUAGGGAUGAUGAAGAUAUGAUACUAUGGUUUCUCAAAGAUCGAAAAUUUUCUGUUGAAGAAGCUGUUUCUAAGUUGGUUAAAACCAUUAAAUGGCGUCAAGAUUUUGAGGUCUCUAAAUUGACUGAAGAAUCUGUUAAAGAUGUUGCUAAAACUGGAAAAGCUUAUAUACAUGACUUUCUAGAUAUCGAUGGUAGGCCCGUGCUUGUCGUGGUUGCAGCAAAGCAUUUUCCUAAAGCACAGGAGCCUGUAGAUGAUGAGAAGUUAUGUGUUUUCUUAAUUGAGAAGGCAUUGAGUAAGCUUCCACCUGGGAAAGAACAGAUACUUGGAAUAUUUGAUCUCAGAGGUUUUGGUACAGAAAAUGCUGAUCUUAAAUACUUGACAUUUUUGUUUGAUGUGUUCUAUUGUUACUAUCCAAAGCGAUUAUCUCAAGUAUUGUUUGUGGAUGCUCCUUUUGUGUUUAAACCAAUUUGGCAACUUACCAAACCGUUGUUAAAAUCAUAUGCUUCUCUGGCAAGAUUUUGCUCUGCAGAGACUGUGAGGAAGGAAUAUUUUACAGAUGAAACUUUGCCACCAAACUUCAGAGGUUAAAAGUGGUUUUUGGAAGAUGUGAAAAAUUGCAGAAAUAGAGGAAUAUAACAAAAAUUACGGCAGAGAUAAGAGAAUUGUAUUAGUAAGUUGAAAUUGAAAUCACCUCCUUGUAAGAGUAAUACCAUAUAGAGGCAAUACUGAAGAGACAGAUUCAUAUACCUGGAAGACAGGUUUUGUUUUGGCCAUCACGUCCGAGGAACAAGAAUGCAUUGUCAGUUUAUUGUUGUUUUUUCGUGUGCAUAUUUUCAUUUUAUGUUUGUAACAAUAGUACAAAUUGACGUUUGAAAUAAAAAAGAUAAUUCUUUUUCCUUAAAUCA